AACCCUAGAACAAGCCGUCCAUCUUCCGCCAUUUCUACAGGCACUCGUCAAGUUUCUCUAUUCCGUGUAUUUCCUCCGAAGAGUCUCGAAUCUCCUGUGAUCUUCUCCCUCAUUGGACAAGAAGAUGAGUUCGGGUGGUGGAACUGGGUCCACGAAGGGUGGGAGAGGAAAGCCAAAAGCGACGAAGUCGGUAUCUCGGUCUCACAAGGCUGGGCUUCAGUUCCCUGUCGGAAGAAUCGCCAGGUUCCUCAAGGCUGGCAAGUACGCAGAGCGUGUCGGCGCUGGAGCUCCGGUGUAUCUCUCCGCCGUCCUCGAGUACCUCGCCGCUGAGGUUCUGGAGCUCGCUGGUAAUGCCGCAAGAGAUAACAAGAAGAACCGUAUUGUCCCAAGACACAUUCAGCUUGCGGUGAGGAACGAUGAAGAGCUAAGCAAGCUUCUGGGCAACGUAACAAUCGCCAGUGGAGGAGUGUUGCCAAACAUUCACCAGACACUUCUUCCGUCCAAGAGUGGGAAGGGCAAAGGUGACAUUGGGUCUGCUUCUCAAGAGUUCUGAGUCUUUACUGCAUCCGGUGUUUGUGAUGGAGAAUGUGCAAUAUUUUUGGUUGUAAUAUAGACUGGGUCUUGUUCCGGAAUUUUUCGUAUCAGAAUGACUGAACGCGCGACUUUCGGAAAAUGUGUUCAAAGGGGUAUCUUGAAAUCAUAGAGCCGAAUCAUGUCCUUGAUCUUGA